CAAGAGAGCGCUUCAUUCUUCUCUGUUUUGCAUUCGAGUAAACACGUACGGACGAAGAAAGCGAUUGUGAAAUUACAGAUAUUUUUCGUUUUUGGAGCCUCAAACAGUUGAAAAAGUGACUACCGGAAGUGCGUCAGUGUCGUGAAUAAUUAGGUGAAUACGUAGAAAUCGAAAUAAAUCAAAAUGAGUGACACGGAUCGGAUUACUGACCAAGAAAAGCCAGUGCCAUUGCAUGACUCGAACAAAUCCAACAAAUGCACGGAUGUUGCGGAUGCUUUGGGACACGGGAAUGGCCUAGAUAAUUAUGGAAAUCGGUUCAAGGCACGCAUGCCAGUGGAUCGCUAUGCUUCGGAGUAUAACAUGAAUCAUCCCAAGCGCGGCUUCGCGCUGAUCUUCAACCACGAACACUUCGAGAUCCCUCAGCUGAAGGCUCGCACCGGAACGAAUGUGGACUGUGAAAAUCUUGCCGCCACGCUCAAAUAUCUGGACUUUGAUGUGCGCGUCUAUAAGGAUUUGAAAUUGAGGGAAGUGCAAAAGGAGGUUGAGAAAGUUGCAAUGAUGGAUCAUUCGGAGCACGACUGUGUCUCCAUUACAAUUCUUUCGCAUGGUGAGCUAGGCUAUCUGUAUGCAAAGGAUUGCCAGUACAAGUUAGAUAUCAUCUGGUCGUAUUUCACGGCCAACCGGUGUCCCACGCUGGCCGGCAAGCCAAAGGUGUUUUUCAUUCAAGCCUGCCAGGGCGAUCAGCUGGACGCAGGCGUCACCUUGGCUGAACGCACCGAAACGGACAGUGCCGGCUCGAUGAGCUACAAAAUCCCAGCUCAUGCUGAUUUCCUGAUUGCCUAUUCGACCAUUCCGGGAUUCUACUCGUGGCGCAACACCCAGAAGGGUUCCUGGUUCAUGCAGUCCCUCUGCCAGGAGCUGACCCAACAUGGCAAGAAGUACGAUCUACUGACCCUGCUGACUUUCGUUGCUCAACGUGUGGCGUAUGACUUCGAGUCCAACACUCCGGAUAUUCCUAUGAUGCACCAGCAGAAGCAAAUUCCCUGUGUGACCACCAUGCUGACGAGGCUGUUGCGUUUUACCGAGAAGUAACCAAGUGACGGGGAGCGUUCUUCAAAUCUACUUUGAGCAUGACACCACCCUAGCGUAGGUACCGCCACCUUAAAUUACUUCUUCACCUGAGCUGCACAUGGGAAGGAAUGGCUGCACCGGUAGGUAUUUGGAAAGGCGCACAGACUGGUGGAUUCGGUUGGAGCGAUUGGCUGUUGAUGGACUUGACCGUAUGUAUUUCCUGUAUUGAUUUCUUGCUGUCAUACGCUAGGUUUAGUUUCCUUUUAGAUGUUUAAGUUAAUCGUCAAUUUUUAAGGUUUUUACUAUUCAAUGUAGUUCGAAUACACAUCGUUUUGUGUAUUUCAGACAAUUUAGAUUCAAGUUUCUUUUAGUUUGCUUUCAAUCCAUUCUGUUUUAUAGUAGUGCAUGAAAAGUAUAGUAUCUUUGAUCGAAUUCAAAGAAUAAAAAUAGUUCAAACUUAAAAAAAGGCAUUCUAGUUUAUGAAGUUUAGAUUUUUUUAAUUCGGUGUUCAUUUUAAUAAAUAAUGAGAAUCUAAUGAAACUC